AUGUCUCGAUCCCGCCAUGCAAGGCCUUCCAGGUUAGUCAGAAAGGAAGAUCUAAGCAAAAAGAAAAACAGCCAAAUGAAGAAGACAUCCAAGCCAGCCAGCAAAAAUGUGGCAUCAGUAAAGACUGUGAACCCUGGAAAAUUAAAGCAAGUAAUGAAAGAAAGAGAUGUUAAGAAAAAAACAGAACCCAAACCACCAGUGCCAGUCAGAAGCCUUCUGACACGAGCUGGAGCAGCACGGAUGAAUUUGGACAGGACAGAGGUUCUUUUUCAGAACCCAGAGUCCUUAACUUGCAAUGGGUUUACAAUGGCUCUCCGAAGUACCUCCCUUAGCAGGCGGCUCUCCCAACCUCCUGUGGUCAUAGCCAAACCCAAGAAAGUUCCACCGUCUAAGAAUUUAGAAAAGCGACAUGAAUGUGAACAUAAGGUAUUAAGCGACAUGGGAGUAAAGCAUUCAGAAAAUAAUUCGGUGUCAGUGCAAGACCCCCUAAUCCCUCCUAACAUAGAUAAUCUAAUCGAUGUACAAAAUACAUCUUUAAUUAAAGGUGAGAGCCAAGAGACAAUCCAAUCUUGGUCCCAAAGGGCCGAGGAUUCCAAAAUUAAUGCCCCCAAUCACUGUGUCCCUGAGACAGAAAUUCUUUCUGGGUCUUUGGGAGGGACACAUGGUGGUGAAGAGUCAUUAUCUAAAGAGACAUUGAAUGACAGCGAAUCCCCUCGAAUAUUUGCUCAGGACACCCAAUGUGCUCCUUUGCUCCAAAGAGCAGCCCUCAAGGUUACCUCUGAAGGAAAUCCCAACAUUCAGUUAGAAGAUUUAGGUUCACGAGUAGAAUCUCUUAAGCUAUCUGAUUCUUACCUGGAUCCUAUCAAAAGUGAACAGAGUUGCUGCCCCACCUCCAGCUUUAAUAAGGUUAUACCUGAAUUUGACCUUAGAAACUGUUUGUCCAUUGGUGGGUCAAUAUAUCCUACCUCAUUAAUAAAAUUCCUCUUGGCAGGCUCAGAACAAGAAACCCUGGGCGCUAAACCAGAUCAUCAAGAGGUGCUUAAAGCUACCCCAGAUCCACAGGAAGUUCCUGAUGUCACUCCUGUCCUAGAACAGGCCUUUAGUGCUAUCCCACAUCAAUGGGAGGUUCCUGGUGCUAACACAGUUCAUGCAACGGCUCCGGGUGAGACCCCACACCCACCAGAGGUUCCUGGGGCUCUUUCAGUCCAAGGAGAGGUCUUUGGUGCUAUCCUAAAUCAACAAAUCCUUGGCGUGGCUAGUGGUACUGCCUCAGACUCACCUAUCUUUCUUCCUGCCCCUCUCAACCCAAUGGCUACCUUUAAUGCUCUCUCAGAGUGGCCUGAAUCCCAGAGCACUUUUUCAUAUGGGCUUGAUGUCCAGGGUGCUAUGCAGAUGUUGCCUUUGGUCUCAGGCCACACCCCUCAGCCACCAUCAGACUCAGAGAUAAGCUUGGGACUUCCAGGGAUGGCUCUCAGCAAUAAAGAAAAUGAGAAACAGGUUCAUAAAAGCUUUCUGCCAGUGAAUACUCAGGGGUUCACAUCAGCCGCUGACAGAGGAAACUAUCAGGCUUCACAAGGCAUUGCCCAGGUCUGCCAGGCUGGUCCCAGCAAAUCGGAAGGCGUGAGCUCCCAGCUCAGCACUGCCAGCCCCAUCCACACCACUGUUGUGUCCAGGCCAGUUUCUGCUGCCAGCACCACUUCUUCCCAUAAAACUUUGCAACCUGCUUCGGAAAAGAAGAAAAGAAAGCGAUGUGGUGUCUGUGCACCCUGCCAGCAGAAGACCAACUGUGGUGAAUGUACUUACUGCAAGAACAGAAAGAACAGCCAUCAGAUCUGCAAGAAGAGGAAAUGUGAGGAACUGAAAAAGAAGCCACCUGCCACUGUUCCUUUGGAGGUUAUAAAAGAAAACAAGAGGCCCCAGAGGGAAAAGAAGCCCAAAGUUUUAAAGGCACAUUUUCACAACAAAUCAGUAAAUGGCCCCAAGUCAGAAUCCAUGGAAUACAGUAGAUGUGGUCAUGGGGAAGAACAGAGAUUGGAAUUGAACCCACACCCCCUUGAAAAUGUAGCUGAAAAUGAAGAAAGUAAGACAGGUAAUGAGGCGGAGAAGUGGCCACAAAGCAAGAAAUCACAUUUACCCGAAGAUGUCAAAGCAGAGUUUAGGACAUCUGUGACAGAAACAGAAAGGUUUAAAAGCUCUAAAGAUGAAAGCAAGAAAGUCCUACUUACUGACUUCCUUGAACCUGAAAAGUUAUUUAUACAACCUGUAAGAAAUGGCAUUAAAAAUGUACAUUGUUUACCAACUGAAACAAAUGUGUCAAUUAAAAAAUCCAAUUUUGAAGAAUUUGACAAGACAAUUGAAAAUAAUUCUUGUAAGUUCCUGAAAGACACUGCAAAUCAUAACAAUGCCAUGAGCUCCAUUGCUAGUAGCGCGAGCUGUGAUCAUCUCAAGGGGAGAAAUAAUGUGUUAGUCUUCCAGAAGCCUGGCUUUAACUGUAAGUCUUUUUCAGACCCUGCAAACUUUAACAUAAAUAGUCAUACCAGUACCCACAAUGAAAAUGAUCAAACUCCAGAGACUGUACCAAGUAAAGACCCUAAAGAUGGAUCUCCAGUUCAACCAAGUCUUCUGUCCCUCAUGAAAGAUAGGAGGUUAACGCUGGAGCAAGUAGUGGCUAUCGAAGCUCUGACGCAGCUUUCAGAAGCUACGUCUGAGAAUUCCUCGCCCUCCAAGUCAGAGAAGGAUGAAGAAACAGAGCAAAGAACAGCUAGUUUGCUUAACAGCUGCAAAGCUAUCCUCUAUUCUGUAAGAAAAGACCUCCAAGACCCAAAUUUACAAGGGAAACCACAAAGCUUUCAUCACUGUCCAUCUCUUGUAAAGCAAAGUUCACGCAACAUGGUGGUAUUUAAUGGCCAAAAUACCAUUUCUAAGUCCCACAAUAACUCAACUACUAACCAAACCUCCACAAAGUCACAGGAAUAUUCAAAGACCACAAAUUCUUUUUUAAUGCCAAAUUCAUCUAAACUUGAGCACAACAAAAAUGUUGCUCAAAGCAGAUUUUCUCUUGACAGUUCUUCCAAGAAUUCAACGCCUUUGCUACCAAGAAUUAAUAAAUUGGAGCAUUGCCAACAAUCACUGGACAGCAGUAAAAAAUUAGACUCCAAGAAUGAUCCAUCAUGUCAAGAUACAGCUCAUAGUAAAGUGGAGGAAGAUGUUGCCACACAGUUAACACAACUUGCAUCAACAAUUACAUUCAACUCCAUAAAAUCAGAGGAUAAAAAUGUUGAAAGAACAUCAACAAGCCAUGUUGCAUACACUGUACAGCAAAAAUAUAGUCAGGAGAAGGGCACAGUACAACAGAAACCAUCUUCAAGUGUACCAAAUAAUCACAGCUUGUUAUUAACAAAGCAAAAGAACACAACUCAGAAAAAGACAAAAUCUACCCCAUCAAGAGAUAGGCGGAAAAAGAAGCCCACAGUCCUCAGUUGUCAAGAAAAUGACCAGAAAAAGCAGGAACAGUUGUCAUAUGAGUAUAGAAUGUUGUAUGAUAUUUGGAUGGGAUCUAAAUUUCAAAAAUUUGGUCAGUUUGGUCCACAUCAUUUUCCUAUCUUGUUAGGAAAAAUUUCUCCAGCCAAAGAAUGGGAACCAGUGACUCAAAUGAGGUCAGUAUCAGAGCCCAAAAAAUUAUUUCACCCAGUUGCUCAGAUAGAAUUCAAGCGAAGUUUUCCUGAAGUAGCACAGGAGAAAAUGAUAAAGGUUGAACCAUUGAAUAUUCUCUCCACAUCCCAGUUAAAAAUAGAAUCCAAUGGGCAGGAGUUUACAGAAAAAAUUUAUAAUUCUCAGGUACAGCCAAUAAUGAAUGUCAGUCAGAAAACUCAUCCUUUACCCCAGUUCUCCUCUCCAACUAACCAGUGUGCUAAUGUGAUGGCUGGCAAUGACCAAACACAGUUCCAGCAGGAUGGUAAAGACCAACCCAUGCAUCAGAGAAUACCAGCAUUACCUGGCAUCUCUCACGAGACCCCAUUACUGGAUCCAGCACAAAUACUCAGGAAUGUAAAUGUAGUGUGUUCAGGUGGAAUUACAGUGGUUUCUACCAAAAGUGAUGAGGAAGUCUGUUCAUCUAGUGUUGGAGGAUCAGAAUUUUCCCCAGCAGACAGUGCACAGAAAAUUUUCAAUGAUUAUGCCAUGAACUACUUUACUAAGCCAACAAAAAACCUGGUGUCCACAACAAAAGAUUCUGAAUUACCAACGUGCAACUGUCUUGAUCGAGUUAUACAAAAAGACAAAGGCCCAUAUUAUACACACCUUGGGGCAGGACCAAGUGUUGCUGCUGUCAGGGAAAUCAUGGAGAAUAGGUAUGGUCAGAAAGGAAAUGCAAUAAGGAUAGAAAUAGUAGUGUACACGGGAAAAGAAGGAAAAAGCUCUCACGGAUGUCCGAUAGCUAAAUGGGUUUUACGAAGAAGCAGCGAUGAAGAGAAAGUCCUUUGUUUGGUCCGUCAGCGCACAGGCCACCACUGUCCGACAGCGGUGAUGGUGGUACUCAUCAUGGUGUGGGAUGGCAUCCCGCUCCCGAUGGCGGACAAACUGUACACGGAGCUCACCGAAAACCUCAAGUCUUACAAUGGCCACCCCACCGACCGCAGAUGCACUCUGAAUGAAAAUCGUACCUGCACAUGUCAAGGGAUUGAUCCAGAAACUUGUGGUGCUUCAUUCUCUUUUGGCUGUUCAUGGAGUAUGUAUUUCAAUGGCUGCAAGUUUGGUAGAAGUCCAAGCCCUAGAAGAUUUAGAAUUGAUCCGAGCUCUCCCUUACAUGAAAAAAACCUUGAAGAUAAUUUACAGAGUUUGGCUACACAAUUGGCUCCAAUUUAUAAGCAGUAUGCUCCAGUUGCUUACCAAAAUCAGGUGGAAUAUGAACAUGUUGCCCGAGAAUGUCGGCUUGGUAGCAAAGAAGGUCGUCCUUUCUCUGGGGUGACUGCUUGUCUAGACUUCUGUGCUCAUCCUCACAGGGACAUUCACAACAUGAAUAAUGGAAGCACUGUGGUUUGUACUUUAACACGAGAAGAUAACCGUGCACUGGGUGUUAUUCCUCAAGAUGAACAGCUGCAUGUGCUUCCACUUUACAAACUUUCAGAAACAGAUGAGUUUGGCUCAAGGGAAGGAAUAGAAGCCAAGAUAAAAUCUGGGGCCAUCGAAGUCCUUGCUCCCCGCCGCAAAAGAAGAAAGCGUUUCACUCAGCCAGUUCCUCGUUCUGGGAAGAAGCGAGCAGCAAUGAUGACAGAGGUUCUUGCGCACAAGAUAAGGGCUGUGGAAAAGAAAUUCAUCCCUCGAAUCAAGCGGAAGAAUAACUCCACCACAAACAACAGUAAGACUUCUUUGCUACCAUUGUUAGGGAAUAAAACUGAGACCUUGCAACCUGAAAUAAAAAGUGAAAUUGAACCCCAUUUUAUCUUCAAAGGCUCGGACAUCAAUAAAACCUGCCCACUGGCCCCAUCCAUUCCUCACCCCGUGAAAGAGACAAACUUAACUCCAGACUUCUCCUGGUCCCCUAAGAAUGCUUCAGCCGCAACAACUCCUUUUAAGAACGAUGCAGCAGUUUCCCAUGGGUUUUCAGAAAGAAGUAGCAAUCCCCACUGCACAAUGCCUUCUGCGAGACACAGUGGUGCUAAUGCAGCUGCGGGGGAGUGCACUCGAGUCGCGCAGCCUGGCGAAGCGGCUCCGCUCUCCACCUUGUCUACUCCCAUAACAGAUUCUCUGGUUUAUUCUGAGCCCCUCACAGGUCCGUCUGAGCAGCUAACUUCUAAUCAGCCUAUUCCACCGUCCCCACUCAUCAGCUCUCCUCCUGAAGCCGCCUCCUCGCUGGUGGAAGAAGAUGAGCAGCAUUCUGAAGCCGAGGAUCCUCUAUCAGAUGACCCCCUAUCAGACGACCCCCUCUCACCUGCUGAGGACAAAUUACCCCACAUUGAUGAGUAUUGGUCAGACAGUGAGCACAUCUUCUUGGAUGCCAAUGUCGGCGGGGUGGCAAUAGCACCUGCCCACGGCUCCAUAUUGAUCGAGUGUGCCCGGCGAGAGCUUCACGCUACCACCCCGGUGGAGCACCCAAAUCGGAAUCAUCCCACACGCCUCUCCCUUGUCUUCUACCAGCACAAAAACCUGAACAAGCCCCAACAUGGUUUUGAACUAAACAAGAUUAAGUUUGAGGCUAAGGAAGCUAAGAAUAAGAAAACUAAGGCCUCAGAGCAGAAAGACCAGGCAGCUGGCGAGGGUCCUGAGCUACCCCCUGAAAUUAACGAAUUGAACCAAAUUCCUUCUCAUAAAGCAUUAACAUUAACCCACGACAAUGUUGUUACCGUGUCCCCGUAUGCUCUCACACAUGUUGCAGGGCCCUAUAACCAUUGGGUCUAAAGGCUUCUCUCCCCUUCUUAAUGCCUUUGCUAGUGCAGUGUAUUUUUUCAAGGUGCUGUUAACAGAAAGUCAUGUUGUCGUUUACUCUUAUCUUCAUCUCACCCAUUUGAAGGCUGAGGUAAAAACACAAAAAUGGGGUGGGUAUUUCUUAACUGUGACAAUAUUUUGACAAUUGGUAGAAGGUGCACAUUUUAAGCAAAAAUAAAGCUUUUUCUAGUUUUCAAUACAUAAAGAAAUGUUUUGGUUAGGUGUUAACCUUGAUAGAAUCACUCAGUUUGGUGCUUUAAAUUAAGUCUGUUUACUAUGAAACAAGAGUCAUUUUUAGAGGAUUUUAACAGGUUCAUGUUCUAUGAUGUAAAAUCAAGAUACACAGUGUUAACUCUACACAGCUCCUGGUGCUUAACCACAUCAACACAGUUAAAAAUAAGCUGAAUUAUUAUUUCAUGGUGCCAUUGUUCCAACAUCUUCCAAUCAUUGCUAGAAAAUCAACAUAUUCCUUUGAAAUAAACCAAUGAAAUGUUUUCUCUGAAAAUAUCACUCCUAGGUAAAAUAAUUCAUUAUUGUUAGUAAUGGUUGGAGGCUGUUCAUAACUUGUAAAUAUAUAUUUUAAAAGCACUUUCUAUUUUUAAAAUAACUUGAAAUAGUAUAGUAUAUGAAUCCUAUUGUCUAUUGUUUGUGCAUAUUUGCAUCAAGAGAAAUCAUUUAUUCUUGCUGUGUAGAG